AUGGGCGCGGCAUAUGGGACCGCCAAGUCUGGUGUGGGUAUCGCGUCCAUGGGCGUGAUGCGGCCCGAGCUGGUCAUGAAGUCCAUCGUGCCCGUGGUCAUGGCUGGUGUGCUCGGUAUCUACGGCCUUAUCAUUGCCGUGAUCAUCUCCACCAACAUCUCGCCGGCCAAGUACACGCUGUUUGACGGCUUUGCGCACCUGUCGUCUGGCCUGUCUUGCGGCCUGGCGGGCCUUGCGGCGGGCAUGGCCAUCGGCAUCGUGGGAGAUGCGGGCGUCAGGGCGAACGCGCAGCAGCCCAAGCUGUUUGUGGGCAUGAUCCUCAUCCUCAUUUUCGCGGAGGCGCUGGCGCUCUACGGCCUCAUCGUGGGCAUCAUCCUGUCCUCCAAGGCCGGCGCCGCCGCCUGA